GGUGUCACUAGAGGAUGUAGCUGUGGACUUUACCUGGGAGGAGUGGAGGGACUUGAAUGAUGCUCAGAGGACUUUGUACAGAGAUGUGAUGCUGGAGACCUACAGCAACCUGGUGUCAUUGGGGUACUGCCUUAGUAAACCUGAGAUGAUCCUCAAGUUGGAGAAAGGAGCAGAGCCAUGGAUAAUAAAAGAACACCCAAACCAGAGCCUCCCAGAUGUCCAGAUAGUCAACGACCUAAUUGAGAGGAGCCAAGAAAGUCAUGGUAGAUACUUGUGGCAAGGUGUAAUCAUCAAUGGCAACCAAUCAGCUGAGGAGAGAGUGGAGUUAGGAAAAUCAGUGAAUGCAUAUUCAAUGGAUACUUUAAAUCUGGUUAUAAAUAAUGAAAACUAUUCAGGAGUGAGGCAUGAGGAGUUUAACAAAUGUCAGAAUGCAGUUCUUCCAGAGACAGAUGCCAUGUGUGCUGGACAGAAACCUUAUGAGCAUAACAUAUCUGAGGAAUCACACAGUCAUCAUGAGCAUCUCAGUCAGCAUCCUAAGAUUCCAGCUGGGCAACUUUAUGAAUAUAGUGGAAACAGACAAUCCUCCAAUACAUUGCCAAUAAUAUUUCCAUAUAACAAAAUUCAUAUGGGUGAGACCACUUGUAAAUAUAGUGAAUAUGGGAAAGCCUGUAAUGAGUCAUGUGUCAUUGCCCAAGAGAUAGCUCAGGUAGGGAAGAAAACUUUUCAAUGUGUUGUAUGUUUGAAAAUAUUCUAUAAAAAUGCUAGACUUACUCAACAUCAGAUUAUACACACAGGAGAGAAGCAUGAUAAAUACAGUGAGUGUCAGGAAUCUAUUAUUAAGCAAUCACACCAUAUCUCAUAUCAGGGAACAUCUACAGGGAAAGCUUUUGUCCAAAAAUCAGCCCUCAAGAGGCAUCAGAGAAUUCACAAAAGUAAAACAACAUAUGAAUGUAAGGAAAAUUCAAAAGCUUUUAACCAAAUGUCAGCCUUCAGCAUGCAUUGGAGAACUCACCCAGGUGAUAAGCCGUACAAAUGUAAUGGAUGUAGAAAAACAUUUAACAAGUUAUCCUUCAGGAUGCAUCAGUGUACUCCAACAGGGAAAACACCUUAUGAAUGUAAAGAAUGUGGAAAAGCUUUUAAGCAAAAGUCACACCUCAACCGGCAUCAGAGAAUUCACACAGGUGAGAAACAAUAUGAAUGUAAAGAAUGUGGAAAAGCUUUUAAGCAAAAGUCACACCUCAGACUGCAUGAGAACAUUCACACAUGUGAGAAACCAUAUGAAUGUAGAGAAUGUGGAAAAGCUUUUAAGUUAAAAUCACAACUCUGCAGGCAUCAGAAUAUUCACACAGGUGAGAAACCAUAUGAGUGUAAGAAAUGUGGGAAAGCUUUUAAGCAAAACUCACACCUCAGCAUUCAUCAGAGAAUUCACACAGGUGAGAAACCAUAUGAAUGUAAAGAAUGUGGAAAAGCUUUUAAGCGAAAGUCACACCUCAGACUGCAUGAGAGCAUUCACUCAGGUGAGAAACCAUAUGAAUGUAAAGAAUGUGGAAAAGCUUUUAAGCGAAAGUCACACCUCAGGCUGCAUCAGAGAAUUCACACAGGUGAGAAACCAUAUGAAUGUAAAGAAUGUGGAAAAGCUUUUAAGCGAAUGUCACACCUCAGACUGCAUGAGAGCAUUCACACAGGAGAGAAACCAUAUGAAUGUAAAGAAUGUGGAAAAGCUUUUAAGUUAAAGUCACACCUCUGCAGGCAUCAGAGAAUUCACACAAGCAAGACACCAUAUGAAUGCAAAGAAUGUGGAAAAGCUUUCAACCAAAAGUCACACCUCAGCAUUCACCAGAGAGUUCACACAGGUGAGAAACCAUAUGAAUGUAAAGAAUGUGGAAAAACUUUUAACCAAAGUUCACACCUCAGACUGCAUCAGAGAAUUCACACAGGUGAGAAACCAUAUAAAUGUAAAGAAUGUGGAAAAAUGUUUAACCAAAAGUCAUACCUCAGCAUUCACCAGAGAGUUCACUCAGGUGAGAAACCAUAUGAAUGUAAAGAAUGUGGAAAAAUGUUUAAUGAAAAGUCACACCUCAGCAUUCACCAGAGAGUUCACACAGGUGAGAAACCAUAUGAAUGUAAAGAAUGUGGAAAAGCUUUUAAUCGAAAGUCACACCUCAGACUGCAUCAGAGAAUUCACACAGGUGAGAAACCAUAUGAAUGUAAAGAAUGUGGAAAAGCUUUUAAGUUAAAGUCACACAUCUGCAGGCAUCAGAGGAUUCACACAGGUGAGAAACCAUAUGAAUGUAAAGAAUGCAGAAAAGCUUUUAACCAAAAGUUGUGCCUCAACAAGCAUCAGAGAACACACACGGGUGAGAAACCAUAUGAAUGUAACGAAUGUGGAAAAGCUUUUACCCAAACGUCACACCUCAAGAGGCAUCAGAGAAUUCACACAGGAGAGAAACCAUAUGAAUGUGAAGAAUGUGGAAAAGCUUUUAAUCAAAAGUCACACCUCAGGCUGCAUCAGAGAAUUCACACAGUUGAGAAACCAUGUGAAUGUAAGUGAUGUGGAAAAGCUUUUAACUGAAAGUCACACUGAGCAUGCAUCAGAGAAUUCACAGAGGUGAGAAACCAUAUGAAUGUAAAGAAUUGAAAAGCUUUUAAUUGAAAGUCACACCUCAGCAGGCAUCAGUGAAUUCACACAGGUGACAAACCAUAUGAAUGUAAGGAAUGUGGAAAAGCUUUUAAGCAAAAGUCACACAUCAGCAUGCAUCAGAGAAUUCAAACAGGUGAGAAACCAUAUCAUUGUAAGGAAUGUGGAACAGCUUUUAAUCAAAGUCAACCCUCAGCAUGCAUUAGGGAAUUCAUACAGGUGAGAAGCCACAUGAAUGUAAUGAAUGUGGGAAAAGGUAUGUUUACAAUGUCACAGUUGAGAAGACAUCAGGAUACUCACACAGGAAAAAACUCCUUAUGAAUGUAAUAUGACAGGCCUUGUACUGGAAUUCCCCCUAAUGGACAAAAAAGAAUGCACACAUAGGAAAAUCUCAGUGAAUGUAAUUUGUAUGGGAAAAGAUUUUGCGAGAAGUAAUACCUCAAGACAUCAGAGAACUUACAUCAAGAAGAGCUAUAAAUAUACAAUUGUCCUCAGGUAUUGAAGAAUGUCUUGAGGACCCCCUAUUGUAAAAAUUUGCUGAUGCUCAAGUCCCUUCUGUAAAUGGUGUAGUGUUUGUGUAUUUCCAAUUCACUUCCUACUGUGUCCUUUACAUCUGUUGUAGAUUAUUUAUAAUACUGGAAA